AUGAUUCUCCAAAGAACGGGUCGAGGCGAGCAGAUCGCAGCCAACCGAACCCAGGAACAGCGUGAAGCAAGAGCAGCCGCCAACUCCCAACGCCCACUGACCUGCAUGUUUUAUUUCUUCGCAUCUCAGAUGAAACACAACAUCCAGCCAGCCGACCAAGACCUUGUACGGCGGGGAAUGGUGGCGGACAAGCCCACUCACCGACUGGACUCUAUGUUGGCGAGAAUUGGCAUGUAUGCUGCUCAUUCACCGCUGAUCACCAAAUUCGAGACUUUUCCUAUGGAAAUCGGAGACCAGCCCGUCCUUUCAAGACCACAGCCGGAGUCUCUAUCUCGAGAGGACGUCCAUGACACUGUGCUCCUCGUCAAAUUCAAGAACAAGGGCGCUCGAGAAUCAUGGAUAACGACCAAAGAAUGGCAAGAUUUCAUGGAGAAGACAGAAGGCGAGCGAGUCUUUAGACAAAUGCCUCAUGUCAGAUGUGCCAGCAGCGCGAGGGGUCUGAUGGACCCAAUCGAUAUGUUGACCGCUUGA